AUGCGCUCCUCAGCCAUCCUCUCAGCCCUGGCUCUCAGCGGCCUGGCCGCGGCCCAAACCACAACGACAGUGACCGCCGCGACAGAUACGGCGACGGAUACGACGGCGACGAGUUUUGUGCAGACUGUGACGGUCAUCACGCUGACGACCUCGUCGUUGACGGCGGGCGUUGGUACGGGUACCGGUACGGCUACCGCUACGGAGACCACCACGACCUCCGUGGCGACAGGCACAGGCACAGGCGCGGGCGCGGACGCGGGCACGGAGACAAGCACGGCCACUGCCGGCACGGCUACGGCCACGACAACAGCUACUGGCGCCGCCACUGCUGGGGCCAACUUGUUGGAUGCGCAGAUGCCGAUUAUGGGAUUGGCGUUUGCUGGUGCGCUAGGUAUGGUGCUGCUUUGA